AUGAAUUCACGAUCGUCACACGUAUGGGUGCUGGCUCUGACCUUGAUGAAAAAUUGUCCUGUCACUGCUGCAGACGCCUCCACCGUCGCAAGCCCUCCUGUGACCAAGACCACGUCGACCAUCAGUCCGGUAGCUACCGUACUGGACAGCCCACCGACGUCGGCUGGCACAUCAAGCAAUGCGCCGUCGCCCUGCAUCGUCUUGCCGGGCAUCUCUUCCCAAGAGUCGCAUUUUCGCGCCAACCUGGAGCACUACCGGCUGCAGCUCCCGCAGCUUCUCGAUGUCAUCCUCGCUAGGGACUGCCUCAUUUUCUGUCCCAUCAAUAAACAUGAUUUUGAGCGCGAUUUUGGAAAAGGCCAUGGUCUAUACUGCUCCACGGCUCUUAUCGAUUCGCUCCUUGCACUGGGUACUCUUUCGGCCAAGGAUAAUGCAAGUCUCGCGACCAAAUCCGGAGCAAGGAGCAAUCCUCAAGACGACGACCUCGGGCAGGCAUUUGCCCGCGAAGCAAUAUCUGCCUUGUACAACGGCACGGGUCUCCCGCGGCGCAUCGCCGACAUACAAGCGCUCGGUGUCCUAUCGCUCUACUGUCUCGGCUGCAAUAAGUUGAAUGACGGCAAGGGAUUCGCGGCCGACUUUGGUGCUGCAAUCAUUGAGCAGUGGCACACCGAGCAGCCAAUCGAAUCCGAUAGUUUAUGUUUUCCGAAUAAGCAGGUGCACGCGAAUAUUUGUUGUGCUGCCGUCUCCUCCAACAGUCCCUUUGCCUAG